GAUGGGUACAAUACUAUUUACAUUUCAGUUAAAUAACACCGCUUGAUUUCAAUAAUAUCAGUAUCUCUGCUGUUAAACUGAAAAAGCUUAAAAUGCAAUUCUGUUUGAUCUUUCACCUCUUAAUGGUCAUUUUAAUGAUCAAGACAAAUGCUGAAGAAGUCAUCUGUCAGGAGCAGGAACUCAAUAAUGUUCAGAUUUUAAUGGGACAUCCAGGGAUCAGUCCACCUUAUACAUCUGGACAUGUCUUAGUUUUCAAAUGCACUGAUGUCAACAUGAAGUUGUACGGCCACCGGGCCAUUGAAUGCCAGUCAGAUGGAAACUGGGAAAACCCAUAUCCACAAUGUCAAGUGAAAGAUUGUGAGCCACCACCAAAUAUGGCGCAAAAGAACGCAGAUACAUUAGACAUGCUGGAUCAAAGAAAGACUGAAUACAAGUCAGGGGAGACAGUUGAAUACAGCUGCCUUGCUACAUACAAAAUGGAGGGUGAUCCCCACUUGACCUGUGUAGAAGGCAAAUGGAAAGGGAAUUUUACAUGUAUAGAACCGUGUUUAGCAUCUCAGGAGGAAAUGUUUAAUAGGAACAUACAACUGAGAAGAAGUGGAAUAGAAAGAAUGUACACUCCACAUAAGGAUCACAUGACCUUUGUGUGUAAGAGUGGAAAAUCUCCAAAAAGAAGCAGUGUUGAAUUUAGACAACAGUGUCUAUAUGGCAAGAUGACUUUGCCUGAGUGUGAACUUAAAAUGAAAUUCUGUUUGAUCUUUCAUCUGUUAAUGGUCAUUUUAAUGAUCAAGACAAAUGCUGAAGAAGUCAUCUGUCAGGAGCAGGAACUCAAUAAUGUUCAGAUUUUAAUGGGACAUCCAGGGAUCAGUCCACCUUAUACAUCUGGACAUGUCUUAGUUUUCAAAUGCACUGAUGUCAACAUGAAGUUGUACGGCCACCGGGCCAUUGAAUGCCAGUCAGAUGGAAACUGGGAAAACCCAUAUCCACAAUGUCAAGUGAAAGAUUGUGAGCCACCACCAAAUAUGGCGCAUAAGAACGCAGAUACAUUAGACUUGCUGGAUCGAAGAAAGACUGAAUACAAGUCAGGGGAGAAAAUGAAAUACACCUGCCUUGCUACAUACAAAAUGGAGGGUGAUCCCCACUUGACCUGUGUAGAAGGCAAAUGGAAAGGGAAUUUUACAUGUAUAGAACCGUGUUUAGCAUCUCAGGAGGAAAUGGAUAAAAGGAACAUAAAACUGAGAAGAAGUCGAAUAGAAAGACUGUACAUUCCACAUGAGGAUCACAUGACCUUUGUGUGUAAGAGGGGAAAAUCUCCAAAAAGAAGCAGUGUUGAAUUUAGACAACAGUGUCUAUAUGGCAAGAUGACUUUCCCUGAGUGUGAAUGAAAUAUUUUGAAGGAAAAAUAAAUUGCUUAA